ACAAAACGCGGGGAUUGGCCUCGUAAGAUAAUAGCUGCAUGCAAGAUCAUCUGUACUGAUAAAGAUGGCAAAACAUGGGCAUCUCAUCAGAUCUACAGGAAUGAUGACGAAAAUCAUGCUGAAGAAAAUCUUAUUGAAUACCUUCGAUGGCUUGGACACACUUUAGACGCCAGUAGAAUUAUAAUUAAGGUUUACAUUAACUACUCACCCUGUAACGAAUGUUCUGAAGCAAUACUGAAAUAUAUAAAAGAAAUGAAAUCGCAAAAGAGAGAGAGUGAAAUGACCAUUACAUUUGCCAACUUCUAUGAAACACAUGAAUAUACUUAUAAAAAACAGGAUGGAACCACGGGAGGAAACAGGAAGAAGAAAGCACGCGAAAACAUUGAAGGGCUAAAGAAGCUGUAUAAGUAUAGAGAACCUGGGGUGAACCUUCGAUUGCUUGGAGUGCAUGUAAAAUGGGAAAGAUUCCUAGGCAUGAGUAAGUUUUUUAGUCUUACUGAAGAAGAAAAGGAUGAUUGUUUGGAUCAGGCAUGCUCAAACGAAAGACAACGUAGGGAAAUACAAGAUCAGAUGGUCUGGGACGAAAUCUUCAAUGACGGGGUCGAAGAAAUUACAUCAGGAAUCGAUAGUCUUUAAAUAUAAGAAAUUAUAAUGGAAGAGCUAUGGUUACUGAUCUACGGUAAGGGACACAUAUUCGGUAGAAAACAUGACUAAGUGCAUGAGAUUUGUUAUUAAGCUUUAUUAUUAUUCAAUGAUUUAACUGAGACAACAAAUGUUUUGUUAUCGUAUCCCCAGCAAAUGGACUGAUUAGGUUUAUGUACGUAUUUUAAGUAAGUUUAUGAUGGCCAAAAGUUGACUGGCUUUAAAUAUAAGUUGAGGAAAAAUCUUUUGAAAUUGUCUAUUUUCAACUCGCCUACAUAUUAAAUGUGUAAUAAGUAUUAGAUUAUUGUCUCUUGGUAUUACAGCUGGUUAAUACUUUAAUAGAUUACUUGGUAUUGAUAUUGGUAUCAGUAUUUUAGUUAUUAGAUUAUUGCCUCUU